CGCGGCCGGGCUGGCGGUAUAAAAGCGCAGGCCGGGGCAGCAGUCGGCACGUUCAACACGACGUCCCACCGCCAACAUGAUGUGGAAGGCCCUCCUGUUCGCCCUCCUCGUCGCUGCGGCUUCGGCCGAGCAGGGAUGGAAGUCCGGCACUGAGUACAAGUACCAGGUGCGCGGCCGCACCCUGACCGCCCUGCACCAGGUCGCCAACCAGUACUCUGGCGUCAUCAUGCGCGCCCAGCUCACCGUGCAGCCCAAGUCCGACAACCUCCUCGCCGCCAAGGUCUCCAACGCCGAGUACGCCAAGGUCCACCAGCAGAUGCCCGCCGGUUGGGGCACCCCCAUCCCCGACAGCAGGCUGAGUUUCCACUCCCUGCCUGUGGCCAGCAAGCCCUUCCAGAUCAAGCUCAAGAACGGCAUCGUCGACGAGCUCAUCAUCAGCAAGAGCGUGCCCACCUGGGAGGUGAACAUCAUCAAGUCCAUCGUGAGCCAGCUGCAGGUCGACACCAAGGCCGAGAACCUCAUCAGCUCUCGCAUCAACAACAAGCCUUCCCACAACUCCGUCAACGGUGUGUUCAAGACCAUGGAGGACGACAUCACCGGCGAGUGCGAGGUGAUGUACGACAUCAGCCCCCUGCCCCAGUACCAGCUGCAGAGCCGCCCCGAGCUCGCCCCCAUGCCCCAGCUCCGCGGCGACGGCCAGCUCAUCGACAUCGUCAAGACCAAGAACUUCAGCCACUGCGAGCAGCGCCCUGGCUACCACUUCGGCUUCAACGGCCAGACCGACGUCGAGCCCGCCUCUUCCAAGAUGGAGGACUUCUUCGCCCGCUCCUCCGUGAGCCGCGUUGUCAUCUCCGGCAGCCUGAGCCGCUACACCAUCCAGUCCUCCGUCACCACCAGCAAGAUCAUCAUGAGCCCCAUGCUCUACAACGCCCAGAAGGGCAUGGUCGUGUCCCGCAUGAACCUGACCCUCGCUUCCGUCAGCUCCUCCAGCAGCCACAUGGAGGCCCCCGCCAACCCCCGCAAGGUCAAGGACCUCGUCUACGACUACAACGACCCCUUCUCCGCCUCCAAGAACGCCGAGCUCAGCGACGAGUCCUCCAGCAGCUCCUCCAGCUCCUCCAGCUCUUCCUCCAGCGAGGAGAGCAAGGCCCACGGCAACCACAAGCGCAACGCCGCUGACUCUUCCAGCUCCAGCUCCUCCAGCUCCAGGUCCUCCAACUCCUGCUCCUGCGACUCUGACUCUUCCAGCUCCGGCUCCGGCAGCUCCAGCUCUUCCAGCUCUUCCAGCUCCAGCUCCGACUCUUGCUCCUGCGACUCCAGCGAGGAGAGCCCCCGCAUGAAGAGCGCCGCCGCCAAGCGUUUCCGCCGCUCUCUGAAGGACGCUAACCAGAAGAACUCCGCCAGCUCCAGCAGCUCUUCCAGCUCCAGCUCUUCCAGCUCCAGCUCUUCCUCCAGCAGCGACUCUUCCAGCUCUUCCAGCUCCAGCAGCGAGAGCAACGAGUCCAACCCCCGCAAGAUCCGCAGCAACAACCGCAACAACACCAACGACUCCAGCUCUUCCAGCUCCAGCUCUUCCAGCUCCAGCUCUUCCAGCUCUUCCAGCUCCUCCAGCUCCUCCAGCUCUUCCAGCAGCGACUCUGACAGCUCCUCCUCCAGCUCUAGCUCCAGCACCAGCUCCAGCGAGGAGUGGUUCCAGGACAUGCCCAAGCUGAACCAGGCCCCCAAGAACCCCAUGCUUCCCUACUUCGUCGGCUACAUGGGCUCCUCCAUCCAGGCCUCCAGCCAGGUCAACGCCGUCCACGCCGUCCAGAAGCUCGCCCAGCAGAUCGGCCACGAGCUCCAGAACCCCAGCCAGAUCCCCGAGAAGGCCACCCUCGCCAAGUUCAGCAUCCUGGCCCGCCUGAUCCGCACCAUGGACGCCAAGCAGCUUGAGCAGGCUUCCCACGAGCUGUACACCUCCUCCUCCAGCAAGAGCGCCAGCCAGAGCCAGAGCGCCACCGAGAAGGUCGCCGCCUGGAAGGCCUUCCGCGACGCCGUCGCCCAGGCCGGCACCGGCCCCGCCUUCCUGCUCAUCAAGGACUGGAUCAUGAACCACAAGGUCCAGGGUGAGGAGGCCGCCGAGAUCAUCGCCGCCCUGCCCACCGCCGCCCGCGUGCCCACCAAGCAGUACAUGGACGCCUUCUUCGACCUGAUCAAGAAGUCCGAGGUCCAGCGCCAGCAGUUCCUCAACGUCUCCGCCGUCCUGUCCUUCACCAACCUGGUCCGCAAGGCCCAGGUCGACAACGCCACCGCCCACAACCGUUACCCCACCCACGCCUUCGGCCGCCUCAACCCCAAGAAGGCUGCCGCCGUCGCCCGCGACUACAUCCCCUACCUGGCCCAGCAGCUCAAGAGCGCCGUCCAGAACGAGGACAGCCACAAGAUCCAGGUCUACACCCGCGCCCUCGGCAACACCGCCCACCCUAAGAUCCUCUCCGUCUUCGAGCCCUACCUCGAGGGCCAGAAGACCGUGACCGAGUUCCAGCGCCUCCACAUGGUGGUCGCCCUCAACAAGCUCGCCAAAGUCUACCCUAAGAUUGCCCGCCCCGUGCUCUUCCGCCUUUACCAGAACACUGGCGAGGCCCACGAGAUCCGCUGCAUCGCCGUCUACCUGCUGAUGAAGACCAACCCCCCCGCCAGCAUGCUACAGCGCAUGGCCGAGUUCACUAACCAGGACCCCAGCAACGAGGUCCGCUCCAUCGUCAAGUCCGCCAUCGAGUCCGCCGCCUACAAGACCAACGCCAACAUGAACCAGGAGCUCUCUGAGAACGCCAACGCCGCCGUCGACAUGCUGAACGCCACCCAGUGGGGCGCCCAGUACUCCAAGGCCCAGUUCUGGAGUGAGGACAUGCAGGGCGACAUGCAGCUGGCUUACCAGGCCGCUCUCGCCACCAUCGGCAGCGAGGACUCCAACAUCCCCGCCACCGCCUUCCUCAACUCCGGCAUCUCCCUCGGCGGUUUCCGCUACAAGUACCUGAGCGCCGGUGCCAUGGCCUCCAGCGUCGACGACCUGCUCCGCCUGUUCGCCAACCAGUGGCAGUCCAGCCAGUCCCAGCACAAGCACCACGGCAAGCGCGCCGCCUCCAACUCUAACAACGAGUGGUCCACCGAGAAGAUCGCCAACCUCCUCAACAUCCAGCCUGACCAGGCCGCCCAGGUCGAGGCCAACGUCCUCAUCAACCUCCUCGGCCAGCAGCGCUUCUUCGCCAUCGACAACCACACCGUCGAGCAGCUUCCCCAGUUCGUCCAGAAGGCCGCCAGCAACCUCCGCUCCGGCGAGAACUUCAACUACACCAAGCUGUACAACAAGAUCUCCGUGACCAUGGGCUUCCCCACCGCCAUGGGUCUGCCCUUCGUGUACCAGCUCAAGAACCCCUCCCUGCUGUCCAUCGGCGGCGAGGCCCGCGUCCGCACCCAGCCCGACCUCUCCAACGGCCCCAAGGACGCCAUCCGCAUGCCCGAGACCGUCAACGCCUCCGCCGACAUCCAGUUCGUCUACUCCACCAAGCUGCAGUCCAAGAUGGGCUUCAUCACCCCCUUCGACCACACCAGCUACUCCGCCGGCCUGGACAAGGACCUGCAGGUGAACCUGCCCAUCCGCGCCAACAUGGACUUGGACCUCGUCAACGCUGAGGUGCGCGUCAAGCUGCAGCCCAUCGAGGCCAACAAGAAGGCCCAGGUCUUCCUCGCCGCCAGCCGCCCCUACACCGCCCAGCACAACAUCCUGGACCUGACCCCCGCCAACCAGAAGCCCAUCCAGCUGCGCAAGCCCCAGCAGGCCAACUUCACCGUCGGCCAGGACAUGACCGGCAUGGCCUUCCGCGUGGACGCCGCCACCGAGUCCGACUUCGCCGACUUCGCCGAGAUGUACCAGAACGUCCAGCACCGCGGCGUCAUCGCCUCCCUGCUCGUCCCCUCCGCCGAGGAGACCAUCAAGGCCUACGAGAUGUCCCUGUCCUACGAGCCCCAGAAGUCCACCGCCCACUCCGUCACCCUGACCGCCUCCUACGACAACAACGAGGACGACGAGAGCUCCGCCGAGUACGACGACGCUUCCUACGAGCAGCGCAAGAGCAAGUCCCCCAAGAAGGCCAAGCGCUCCCACGGCAACUCCGACAGCAACGAGAGCGACUCCAACGAGUCCAUCUCCGAGUUCGAGAAGACCUCUGCCUCCGCCAGCCAGAACCUCGCUAACCCCUCCAGCACCUCCGCCAACAGCCAGAGCCGCCAGCAGCAGUUCCUGCGCCGCGCCGCCGCCGGCAUCAAGAGCGCCUCCGCCUCCGUCGUCGACCUGUCCGCCCAGUUCAACGGCCAGACCAAGGCCCACUUCAUCGCCACCGCCGCCGUCGCCAACUCCCCCGUCGACGACAAGUCCCGUGUGCUCGUCUUCCUGCGCCGCGACCCCGCCCACGCCAAGGAGCAGCAGCUCGCCUUCGCCGCCACCUCCAAGAUGCCCAACGUGCCCGUCAUCAACUACCUGAAGGCCCUCCAGGCUGAGCCCAACAGCGCCUUCCAGGCCCAGCUCAACUUCGGCGAGAAGCUCGACUCCUCCGCCGCCCAGGUCGCCGUCAACGGCCAGAUGAAGCAGACCUCCGCCCGUCGUGAGUUCGUCCGCCGCCAGCCCAUCAACCAGCUGUGCGAGCAGCAGAUGGAGAAGGGCAACUUCGCCCUGCCCGCCUGCCAGAACGCCACCCUCCAGGCCAACCGCCUGGACCAGUUCAAGGUCAACGUCCACUUCGAGAAGGUCUCCGACUACGUCAAGAACGCCACCUACAAGGCCUACUCCGCCGCCCGCUACUUCGGCUGGCAGUACAACUCCGAGAACUUCAUCAACCCCAAGAACGCCCACUCCAACCAGGUCCAGCUUGAGCUCCGCUUCGCCCCCAACAUGAAGUCCGCCAACCUGUCCAUCGACGCCCCUAACAUGAGCGCCGAGUUCGACAACGUCCGCGUCAACUACUGGGUCGCCCGCGCCGCCGCCCUGCACCCCAUGUACACUCCCUUCGAGCUUGUCGCCCAGAAGGCCAUGCAGGACCAGUACAACCCUACCUGCACCGUCGACAAGUCCGCCGCCUCCACCUUCGACAACCGCACCUACCCCCUGAACCUCGGCAACAACUGGCACGUCAUGAUGCAGUCCGUCCCCCAGGACUCUGACUCCAGCAGCUCUAGCCAGGAGGACGCCACCAACUACGUGAGCGUGCUCGUCCGCGACGCCAGCUCCCACGACAAGAAGGAGGUCAAGAUCGUCCUCGGCGACGACCUCGUCGAGAUGACCCCCUCCGGCAGCAGCAACGGCGCCAACGUCAAGGUCAACGGCCGCACCAUCCGCCUGUCCAGCCGCAACGUCACCGAGGUCCUCAGCCAGAACGGCGACGUCCUGGCCAAGUUCUACGCCCUUCCCGACGCCGUCAAGAUGUUCGCCCCCGAGCACGAGAUCGAGAUCCUGUACGACGGUGCCCGCGUCAUCCUGUCCGCCUCCCAGAGCUACCGCGGUGAGGUCCGCGGCCUGUGCGGCACCUUCACCAGCGAGACCGCCUCCGACUUCACCACCCCCGCCAACUGCAUCCUGCGCAAGGCCGAGCAGUUCGCCGCCACCUGGGCCGUCAACCCCACCGGCGCCGUCCGUGAGCAGCAGCAGAAGGCCCAGCAGGCCGCCUGCUUCCGCAAGGCCGUCCUCAUCGGCGACGCCGUCAGCGACGCCGAGGCCGGCCGCUACCAGGCCAAGCCCCGCUCCAACAAGCAGUCCAACAAGAAGCACUCCAGCAGCAGCAAGCGCGCCAGCGGCCGCCAGACUCCCGGUGACUGCUCCACCCGCCGCGUUCAGGUCGUCGAGCACGCCGGCCAGAUCUGCUUCUCCCUGAAGCCCCAGCCCGCCUGCAACGCCAAGUGCAACCCCACCCAGAAGUUCGAGAAGCAGAUCGACUUCCACUGCAUCGCCGACUCCAGCGCCGCCCGCCACUGGGCUGACAUGAUCAAGAAGGGCGCCAGCCCCGACUUCUCCCAGAAGGUCGCCAGCAAGUCCCUCAAGGUCUCCAUCCCCGAGUCCUGCCAGCGUGCUUGAAAAGGGACCUUGUGUGAUGAGUAACAGCUCAUUAAAUCAGAAGCAUUAAUCUGGG